AUGAACUCCAUCUACGGUUCUCCAAUGAAGACGUAUUCGAGCUCACCGGACAUCCCUCACAUGAAUUCCUUCGAAUUAGCUGAGGACGACAGUUCAUCUACCACGUCGCAGAAUGACGAUCGACUUGGAUACUUGCAGCAUUCUCAGAGUGGCGGUUACUUCCAGUCAGGUGGUGGUGAAUACAGCAGGCCAUUUCGGCCAGCUUUCCGACCGAAAACCCCUCCACCACCACCGCCUCCACCCCAGUCGUCCUUACCACAAACCCCUAACUCACAGAGGUUACCAUCGUCGCCAUAUGGUAGUAACCAUGUGAAGCAGAACAGUUCCAAUGGGUCAGCCACGACUCACAUUGUGGUCCCUACUCCUAAUGACUCUAAUGACUCUGGUGAUACUCCGUCUCCACCUCCGCUUCACCGAGACCUGAAGAGAAGAAAACGCAAAAUACGGUUGGCAUUGACAACUAGCGGAUCAGCUGAUUUCCAAGCCGAUUUGAGGAAUGCGUUGGCGAAGCGAAGAAGUAAAGUGGCCCAGGAGCAGGACGAUGAGGACAAAAGCGAUGUGGAUGGAUAUACAUCAUCAAGAACCUCACUGGAGCCAUCGGAAUACGGUGAGGAGCGUGGUUUGGACGCAAAUUCGAAUCGGCCGCAUUUUACCGUCGAUGGUUCUUCUUCGCGACAUAAUGUAGCCCUCAUCAGCCAGAACAUUGAGGACAGCUACGGAGCCCGAAAGAACAUCGAUAACAUGUCAGUGUCAUCUACGCUGAGUACGCUGUCGGGCUGCUCCUCCGAAUCUCGUCCUACUCCUUCGCUUCCGGUUGUACCUCCGGUCGACUACGACGAUCCUGAUUCUGGUACCGGUGGCUCUGAUAGUGAUAUGCAAAAUGCGGAAAGUGGGUCAUUUGAAAGGAAAGUACUACUGAAAUGGACGUGUGCUGAUGCCCUUCAGUGGCUGAUUUCGUUGGGGCUCGACGAGUAUUUGGCCGCAUUUCAAGCGCGUCGCGUCGAUGGAAGAGCGCUUCUGAAUUGCGAUCGUGCUGCUUUCACGCAGUUGGGUGUCACUCGAAUCGCUCAUCGUCAGAAAAUGGAGGCAUCACUUCGACGGUACAUGGGCAGCAUGUGA